AUGGCGCCCCCGACCGAGGAGCUCGAGGCAGCUCUCAUCGACGGAACCUGCCAAAUCUACAGCCAGGAACCGGAUGCGACUUCGGUCAACAAGGUCCGUCGUCAUGCCGAGCAGAAACUCGAACUGGACGACGGCUUCUUCGCUGGCGACGAGUGGAAAAACAAGAGCAAGGCUCUGAUCAAGAAAUAUGUUGAUAAAUUGCUUGAUGGCUGGACCCCAGAGUCCAACAACGAGGGAAAAGACUCCAAGAAUGGCACCAAGCGCCCGUCGGACGAGGCCGAGUCCCCCAAACCGAAGCGACGGAAGCGCGCCUCUCAGCCACGAAAACGGGCAAAGAAGGAGCAAUCAGAUACGAGCGAACCAGAGGAGAAGCCGAAAGCGAACAAGACCGCCGCGCGCCGCAAGUCCAAGAAACGCACGCGAGAGGUGGAGAGGGAGUCUGAGGAUGAGAGCAAGGACAUGAUCAAGCAAGACGGCUCGGACAGCCAGGACGCGAAAGUGGCUCAAAGCGAGACAAAGGUCGAAUCCGACGAUGAAACGAAACCGUCCGCCAACAAGCCAGCCGGCGCAGAGAAAGACGGCGCAGAGCCUAUUAAAGCCGAAGAGGGUAAUCAGGCCGUCGAGGAAGAGGAAGAGUACUCCGAUGUAAUUGACGAGCUGCCGCAACCCAAGCCCAAAAGAAAGGACAAGAAAGAGCCUUCUUCUAAGCCAUCCAAGUCGGCGUCGAAGAAGGCCGCGGUUUCGACCCCGGACGAUCCCGAUGAAGCAGAGAUUAAGAAGCUACAGUCGCAGCUUGUCAAGUGCGGCAUCCGCAAGCUGUGGCACAACGAGCUCAAAAAGUACGACGGCGAUGCGCGUGCCAAGAUACGGCAUCUCAAAAAGAUGCUCGCCGACAUUGGCAUGGAGGGGCGCUUCUCCGAGGCCAAGGCCCGAGAGAUCAAGGAGACGCGCGAGCUCAUGGCUGACGCCGAGGCAGCGCAGGAGAUGAACGCGCUCUGGGGGCCCGAGAAAGGAGAUGUUGGCGACGACGACGACGAUGAUGCGGGCAAUACCUUUGCGGCGAGGAGAAGAAGGGCUCAGGCCGACCUGGCGUUUUUGGGCGACGACAGCGACUCGGACUAG